ACUGCAAUCUGCAUGGAACUUGAAAUAAUGCAAUGAACUUUUGACAAAUGUUUUGUAUUCAAUUUGUGAACAAGUGAAUUGAAAUAUUCUUUGUAAUAAAAUAACCUAUCUAUAUAAAUUGGUGCUAAAUUUGUGAUUAAUUUAUUGUUUAGAUAAGGAAGGAAAUACAAAACGGUCAAAAUGAGCUUCCUAUUUGGUAGUCGCUCAAACAAAACUUUCAAACCAAAGAAGAAUAUUCCUGAGGGCACCCAUCAGUACGAUUUGAUGAGGCACGCAGCAGCCACACUUGGUUCCGGGAACUUGCGCCUCGCUGUUAUGUUACCCGAAGGGGAGGACCUCAAUGAGUGGGUUGCCGUGAACACUGUGGAUUUCUUCAAUCAGAUCAACAUGUUAUAUGGGACCAUAACAGAAUUCUGCACAGAGGAGUCAUGUGCUGUCAUGUCUGCCGGACCAAAAUAUGAAUACCAUUGGGCUGACGGACACACAGUGAAGAAACCUAUCAAGUGUUCGGCCCCAAAGUAUAUAGAUUAUUUGAUGACGUGGGCACAGGAUCAGCUUGAUGACGAAACCCUGUUCCCUUCGAAAAUUGGUGUGCCAUUCCCGAAGAGUUUCCUACUGAUGGCAAAAACUAUAUUGAAGCGUUUGUUCCGCGUGUACGCGCACAUCUACCACCAGCACUUCCCGGAGGUGGUGCAGCUGGGGGAAGAGGCUCACCUCAAUACGUCAUUCAAACAUUUUAUAUUCUUUGUACAGGAGUUUAAUCUGAUCGAGCGCAAAGAGUUAGCGCCCUUACAGGAGCUCAUCGACAAACUGACAGCGAAGGACGCGCGAUGAGCGUCGCCCGCCAGCCAACACACCCGGCCUAACCUACUCAGGUUGUAAAGAUAUUUUUGUACUAUCUAGUCGGCCUUGAUAAUAACAUUGACAACACACAGAUCUGUAAAUCAAUUUUUUUUUUAUAUUAGUGUGUGAUAUAUUCAUAAUUUUUAAGCAUAAACUAAUGUAGUAUUUUUUUUGUCAUCGGCCGAUAAUUUAAGUUAUUCUUAAAUUUAAUUAUAAUGUAGUUUGAUUUUAAUUAUUAGUCUUAUUGUAUGUAAGCUCCAACAGAUUCAAGUUAUAUAUUUGACCCUCCGGAGAGACCUCCGGUCCAGAGAUACUGUCAGCCCACUAAACAAAUUUAACUUUUCUAAUAGCACUAUCAUUGAAUCAAUGUAAAUAUUUUUAUAAUUUAUUUUCUAAUUAAGAUACUGAAUCUUCUGAAUAAACAAAAAAAUUGAGAUCUGUCGUUGUGCAUGCAUCACACAGAAACUUCUAUGUACAGAUAUCAAACGCUUAGUGCUUAUUUAGAAAACAAAAAAACUAAUUCAUUUAUUUAUUUAUUUUAUUUAAUAUAUUUUGUACGCACAGCUGUUAGAAAAAACACGACAAUACGGAAACAGAGUACAAGGGCAUUCAAUUUAAAUUUAUUAAAGUUUUUAGAAACGGUGCUCUCGCGGCUGUCCUGAAUAGAUGGCGUUCGUAGCUUUCUGAAUCGCGCUGUGCUUAUGUUUUAAUAAAUGAGGCCGUCAGCUCAGAAGUGGCCUAAGCUGUUAGUAUGGCGGCAAUUAGGUUUGAAUUUUCAUGAAUUUGAAUUUGAGUAGGCAUAAAAACAAUACACGCAAAAUUAAUGUUUAAAAAGCUAUCUGUUAUCUAUGGGUGAAACUAUGGACAGGCCAGUUUUACAAUAAAAUUUAUUAUAUUUUAAAUAAAUUCCAAUACACGUCAUAUAAGCUUGAAUAUAAAAAAUUGAGGGUUAGGCCACUUUUGCGCUGAUGGCCUCAAAUAUAAAAUGCAUUUUCAAAUAAUCACGUAUCUUCGGGAUAUGCGCGGAUUGAGCUAAAUCUAGUUCCUCAUAAAAAUACAAUCGUAUUAUAGACUCAGUAAAUAAAACAUCCGCGUAAAGUUCUUUAUUAUAAUUCCGUUUAUAUAUUAUUGAUUAUUUAAUUUUUAAAUGGCUCUCCUGUAAUGUUGCAAAAACUUUCACUCCUCGAUAUAUGUACACAACGGUAGUGUCCCUUUCUCCGCGCGAGGUUUGAUCAUCGUAUACAAAGACCGAGUUAACUAGUAAGAAUUCUAAUUGAAAUCAAACUACAGUAUAUUGAAAUGCUUAUAAAUAUUACAUUACGCGUAUUAAAUUUGAUUUUGUUUAUUACAACCCAAAAAUGUUCAUUAAAUAGAAAGAAUUGCAAAACAAUUUUAUCGGGAUCUAAUCGCGCCAAAUAACCUUCCAUUAUCUUAAAGCCACAAUAGAUACGAGAAAUGGGCAUUUGAUAAUUCGUAUAAAUAAUUAUUAUCACAUUUCUUGGGUUUUUUGUCUCCAUAAUAUUACUUUGUGUCUGUUGCGUUUGGGUAUUAUGUGCAUUUUGUCAUUCCUUGUAUUUAGUAACCCAAGUAUGACGUAUUCAAUAAUGACAGUUCCGAACGUUUUAACGGGAAACUUGAAAAUAAUCAAAUAUGUCCGCUACCUAUAAUUUUUAUGUAAAUUAUGCUGGUUUUAAAUUUAAAAACAGUUACUACCGACAAUAUUAUUUAAAAAACAUCGCUAUAAGCGCUAAAUACCGUCCACCAUACUAACUAAUUUAGAAAUGAGUUCUUACUUUUCUAAAAUCGCCAUUUAUUUUAUAAAAUAAGGGCCUUGUGUAUCAAAUCUCUCUCCGCUUUCUAAGAACUUUUUAUGUAAAUAAUGUUCUGAAAAAAAUAUCCUAAAUUUACACAAAGAUAAAAUAAAAUACCUUGAUUAUUGUUAUUGAAAUAUUUAUUGAAUAUUUUGUUGAAAAUGAACUGAAAAUUUGCCGCGAUUACAUCCUCACUUGGGAAACAUUUCAAAUCGUAUUAAAGAUUUCUAAUAAAUGACAAAUACAGUGCGGGCUUGCGUUGCUAAGAUAUGCAGCGUGCAAUGGAGACAAUAAAGAAGCGCUUAUAUUAUUAAAUGAAUACUUUUGUGAUUUGGAUUAGUCGUAUUGGUUUUUUUAUGUGAAAGAUUUCGAAUACUUCUAAAUACCGUGGUCGUUGUGGUAUAGUAAUUGCAAAACUUGACUUGAUGUCACAAAUGAUGGUGUGACAUCCAAAGCUUUAAAUCUUUAUGAACUAGUAAAUGAAUCAAUUAUUUUGUUUGCAUUAUUUUUAUUUAACAAUAAAUAGAAUAUUUUGUGCAGGUAUGUAUUUCUUCUAAUAAAAACAUAUUAUUAUGAUAGUAAGUUACUAGUUUCUAAUCACAGAAUGGUACUAAACAUAUUUAUUUACUUUGACUAACGUAUUAUCGUAUGAUGAAUUUAUUUAAACAAUUUAUUUGAUUAAUGAUUAAGGUUAAAUUGUCCUUUGUCAAGUUCAAUUCCUAUUGGUAUCAGAUAAUAUUAAAUUUUUGAACUAUAACUAAUUCUGACAUUAUAUUUAUUUCUUGUUGAAUCUAUUUAAAUUUAAUUUUUAUCUUCAUUUAUUUAUAUUUACAGUUCGUUUUGUGAAUCCCACUGUUCCGUAAUGAAAUAAAUAACAUAAGUGAUAUAGUUUUGAUUUCCGUCUUUAUUUGAAUAGUAUUUUUUAAACUAAGAUUAUUUCUGUUUGCGGACUGCUAAGUGUCAUGCCGAUAUUUUCAUCGGACUUAACUUGCUUUGCACGAGCGCAUGGUGCGCAGUUCGGUCCGUGGUCCGCACCAUUCGUACUAAGGUCGCACUUACGACGUAACUACCUUUGAACUAGUGAAACGCCGUGUAUACGGGGUCGGAUAGUUUGCGGCUGAACAGCAAAUACGCUACUAUUAGCCACAUAUGACGUCAUGCGUUGACUAUAUAUUACAUAGAUGUAAAAUACUGUUGAAGUUAAACGAUUUAUUUAGUGAUUUGUAAUUUUAAAUGAUUAACUUGGACAAAAAUGUAAUCGACUGAUCGUAUUUGUUUAAUGAGCGUCCUUUUAACAUUACUACUUUUCAGACCUUUUUGUUCAACCUAUGUAAAUUUUUUUUCUUAUCAAAUCAUACAUAUCAAUAUUGCUUCCAAUAUAUUCAAGUUGGAAGCAUUUAAAUUUUAUAAAUGCCUAAUCGAAACUUUGUACCUACUAGGGCGCGCUUGAGGCCUUUAGAUAUGCAGCCGCCAUACGGGGCGCGUUGGACCCAAAGCGGGCGAUCCGAUGUUUUUUAUUUAUUGCUUUUGUUAGCAGAUGAGCAUACGGCACACGGAGCUAAGUAGUUACUGUCGCUAAUGGACGUAAACAAAGUCAGGGGCAGGGCCAAGCUGCUAACUACAAUUGCCUUUGCCAUACACGCUCAUUAGAUAAGUUCAGUACUAAUGCUUAGUUAGGUAAAUUAGACUUUCCGUCAUAGUUUAUGUACGUAUGGGGCUCGACAAUGGCGACAGCAUAAUGCGUGUAAUGUUGACAGGCGACUUGACCUCCCAUAGACCGAUCUACAGUCUGCCGGGCGAUGUAUAGAUUUCCUUCGAAACCCGUAUUCAUACUGAGGCGAUGUCGCCCUAAAAGUUCAAUGGCACAAGUAUUCAAUAAAUAAAUUUGAAAAAUAUCACAAAAUUAUGUACUUAAUUAAUUUUCAUUUUGACACAUUACACCUUCAGAAUUAGUGUUGUUUUUUUUUGUAAAUGCCAAAAAUGCAAUUGAAGAAUUGUAAAUUUUUAAUUUUGGUUUUUAAAUACGUUAAAUAUUAUGAAUUUUGAAAUACUUUAAGCGCAUAGGUACCUUAAAAGUUAAGAUAUACGCUUGAUUUAAAAGAGGAGGAAAGUGUACUUUGUCUUUUUCUAAUUAAAAUUUAAAAUUAAAUUUUUUAUUUGCCCAUUUUAAUUUUAUAAACUGUCAAAAUACAUGUUUAUGAAAAUCAUUUCCUUAAAAUUUUUAGUUAAGCCACUUCAACUCUAAAGGUGCGACAUAUCACAAAAAAUAUGUACAACACGCAAUGUAUAAUAGCCGGCAAACUUCUUGAGCAUUUGUUGACGUAGUGGGGGUAAGUUCGCGCAUGGUACACUCACGUGCAAAAACAUUACUUACUCUGCGUCAUAAUGCUAUUAAAUUAUUAAAAUUAACAUAUGUAUUUAUUUAUAUAUUUAUUAGAACAUCAACAAAACAUAUAGGUUAUAAUAAUUGUAAUAAUUUAAUCUUGGGGUAAAAUAGAUAUUCCUUCUAUUAAGUCAAAACUAGAGCUGUUGCCAGGUCUUGAUUCAGUUGAAGCGAAGCUGGUAUUUGUAAUUUUUUUUUCGUUAUCAUAAUCUUGACCAUCAUCAUCAUCACUGUUUUCAUCACCCGAGUCGCUAUCAUCGUGAUUAGUCGACAUAGUGUAGUUUACAACUCGGUCGAUUCGGUCUUCUUUUUUGUCUAUAAUUAAUUAUUUUUUGAAGAUAUUCGAUUCGUAGUAAUCGAAUGCUACUUUUUUCAAUUACCAGCUUCCGAUUAUUUUCUGUUCUUUUUUUUCAUCUAAAGCCUAGCUCUUUCAUAAUACGUCGUAAGCUUCAUUCCGAGCCAUUAAAAUUAAACUUUUCGAAGCCUUUCUACGGUACGGAGUUUCGCUGCUUGUUAUGUAGUUAUUAUGAUUACAUCUUUUUAUUACAGAUUGAACGAAACUAUCCAUUCCGGUAACUUUCUUCUUCCCUGAUCUUUUCUUACCCGGAGUCCGAAACACGGCGAGCAAGCCAGAGCCUUUAGCUUCCUUAAUAAUGCACCUAACAGUACUCACUGAUGGUUUUGUUACUUCCGAAGUUUGUUUUAAUUUUUCCAUAUCAUUCUUCCCCUGUUUUAUAAUGAAGCAAUAUACGUCGUACACAAUUUUUCUACCCUUUCUUUUGAAUACUACACCGGUUUGUCGCGGCAUAGUGUAUGUUUUAUAAAAAAUCAACAAACACUCAACAAAUAGCAAUGGCAACAAAGUCCACAAGUAAUUAUAACAAAUAACUUAACGAUUAAUAACGAUAGACUUUCCACUGUACGCAAGCGUACUUUUGAGAGCAAGCGGAAUGAGGGCGCAGUGCGGGACGCAAGGUUCAACUGAUCUACCAAUAACGCGCUCGAAACGAUUUCCCCUGCCGUCGCGCCUCACCCUCACCACCAAAGUGAUCUAAAAUUCGGUUCUGCGCAGUCAAGGUCAUUUGCUCACGAAGUUUGCCGGUUACUAUAACUUAAUUUCAAAUCAGCUGACGCGCAGAACAGGCUACAAAGUGUUCACGAAAUCUAUCGUCAGUUUGUUUUAAGGGCCUGUGCACACCACGUUUUUUAAACGCGUCGUCGACGCGCGUUUUUAGCGAUACACACGCGAUACGCACGCGAGUCAGAGGAAGCCUGUAGACCUUUACACACCUGUAUAAAUCCAAAUACGCGUUUGUAUCGAUACAGACGACAACAAACCGCUUUGUGUUUAAAAAAAUGUGGUAUGCACAGGCCCUAAGUAGUACGAUGUAACAAUUCUGUCUUUAAAGGACGGUGCUCUUAUGCUGUAUAUUCAAUUGAGUGCUACGCGUUUACCAAUUAUUAUUAUUAGUCUAAUAAAAAAUGUCAGACCCUCUGACUCAAAAUUAGAUUUAGUUCUCAAAUAAUACGGCCCGCUGCGAAACGUCGAGAACAAAUGUUCAACUAAUACGCAAAAAUGCAAAAACCCAUUACUGACUACGACUGUAAGUUUUUGCGCGCUUUAUUUUUGAACGCAAUAAAUAAGUAAUUUAAAAAUCUAAACGAAAUAUUGCCUUCUUAAGCUAUAAGAAUUAUAUAGAUGUGAUUUAUCUUUUGUAACGAUUGUAGCUUUGAUAUGAAAAUUAUAGUUUAUAAACAUACUUGUAUUGACGAAGUGAGGAUUGUUUGCCCUUAUUUAUUCGAUUGUGUGAAAUUAUGACUUCAAUUUGAAAUGAAUACACAAUAAAAACACAUUUAAUGUUUUUCAUUGCUCCCAUUACCUGUUUUGGGGUUUAUAAGCAUUAUUAAUUGUCAAUUUAAUAUUUAUUGGUAGAUACAUCAUUGAUGAUAUCGAAGGGUUUAAAGCUAUUUGCUUUAAGCGACAUUUCGCUUAACACGCGACAUUUAUCUUUGUAAUUAAAGAUGCGUUUUAUUUGGUAUUAGCAUCAACAGUUCGAUGUUUUUAAUUGAACUUCAAUUAACUUUACUCCAUUCAGAUAGCUGAAGAAGUUUUAUAUUUUUACUAAAUUUUAAACUUUAAAUGGCUCUCCUGUAAAGUAGCAUAUAUAGCUUAUACCAAAUAAAAAUUUCUGCAAGUAACGAAUGACAAUAGUCAUGCGUGACCAAUAAAAUAAUGAAAAUUUCCAAAUCUCUGAAAUAAUAAACGAGGUUAAACUGUGUUAACCUAAAUUAUGAUUUAAUGUAUAAGCCGACGGAUAUCCUAUCACAACUUAUUGCAAUUUAUGCUGUUUCAAAUUGUGUAUGUACAUUGAAUAAGUUUUAUGUAUAUUGCGAUAUGACGUCACUGUAUUUAACUAUAAUGAUCUAAUUGUACUUUCAACGACAGCCCUUAUUGUUAUGAUUUCUUUUUUCUAUAUAAUAAAUGAGUUUAGGACAAAUUCAACUAAGUGCAUGAAACAAAUUUAUCCCACGCCGCUGACUCAUGAAUUUAAAACUUAUAAUUUUACUGUUUUAAAAUUAUCAUGAUUUAUAGUUCUUCGCCAUUUUCACAAUAAUAUAUGUUAUAAGAAUUGCAGAAAUUAAGUUUGAGAAUUAUGAUCACCUCAGUCAGUUAAAAAAAAGUUGCUUUAUUUCAAAUUGAAGUCCGAGAAAUAAAUUUGUGCAAUAAAAUUAUUUCCGAUAAUUUAUUUUCAUCUCGAUGUAAUUCGCUAAAAUAAUAAUUAUUAAUUGAUAAUGAUAUUUUGUGCAUUUAAUUUUGUGUUAUGAGUUAAUAUUACAUUUAACACAAGUUAGUUUUGUUAAUUUAAAUUUAGUUUAUCAAAUAAAUAAAUGUGUACAUAAUUUAUAUCAA